AUGAAAGAGCACAUGCUCUUUCAUAUUGAUAAUCCAAAUCUGUUUACAGGGGACAGUGGUGUUCUUGGACGAGGCUUUUCAGAGUCACCAACCGAAAUAAAAAGGAGAUUCCGAAUACAAAACGGAUUUCAUUUUUCCAUGCAACAAAAAUAUAUAUUGAUAGUCGAUUUUUUUUUAUGCCCUUUAAUAGCUAAAUCAGGUUAUCAUUAUCUUGUUCGUUGUAAUUGCCUUCUUUGA